UCCGCGGUGCUGAUGCGGGAGAGAGUGGCGCGGAUCGUUCCGUCGCUCUCAUGGAUCUCCAUCGGAUGUUUCCGCGCCGGUCUGUCGCGUUCGUCCUUUAGGAUCGGAGUAUGAUUCACAGGCAGCUCGUACUGUCCCAGUAACUCCUGACCUUCUCCUCAGGAUUUGAUGUGCUUUGGGUCACUGUGUCAUAAUGCUGCUACACCUGUGUAGUGUAAAGAACCUGUACCAGAGCAGGUUUCUGGGUCUGGCGGCCAUGGCCUCUCCGUCCCGGCGGCGCUGUAAGACCCGCUUCAGUCCGGCUCUGCCCCGAUCCACCAGCGACACGGACCUGGUGUCCCUACAGAGCCGCUCCACGCUGACCGCCAGCUCCUCGCUCUACUGCAUCGGACAGUCAGAAGAGCUGGUCAUCUGCUGGGACAUCACAGACGAGGUGGACGCUGGAGACUGGAUCGGCAUGUACCUCAUCGAUGAGGUUCUGUCAGAAAACUUUCUGGACUAUAAGAGUCGAGGCGUGAGCGGCUCACACAGAGGUCAGAUCGUCUGGAGGAUCGAUGCCAGCCUGUACUUCAUGGAGGCUGAGACGAAGGUUUGCUUCAAAUAUUAUCACGGUUUGAGUGGAGCGCUCAGAGCCACGACGCCCAGCGUGACGGUGCAAAACCCCUCCGCCAGUGCUCUGAAGCCUGUCAUCAGUCAAGAGCUUCCUCAGACUCUGGGCAGCAGGAGACUCAUCAGCUUCUCUCUGUCAGACAUUCAGGCAGUGGGUCUGAAGAAGGGGAUGUUCUUCAAUCCCGACCCGUAUCUGAAGAUCUCCAUCCAGCCCGGAAAGCACAGCAUCUUCCCGGCGCUGCCUCACCACGGCCAGGAGAAGCGCUCGGGGAUCAUCUGCAACACCAUCAGCCCCGUCUGGAAGAGAGAGCGAUUUAACUUUGUGUCCCUGCCGACGGACGUUUUGGAGAUUGAGGUUAAAGAUAAAUUUGCCAAGAGCAGACCCAUCAUCAAACGCUUCCUGGGGAAGUUAGUGGUGCCCGUGCAGAGGCUGCUGGAGAAGCAUGCUAUCGGGGACCGUGUGGUGAGUUACACAUUAGGCCGACGGCUUCCGACAGAUCAUGUCAGCGGCCAGCUGCAGUUUCGUUUUGAGAUAACCUCUUCAAUUCAUCCAGAUGAUGAGGAGGUGUCCCUGAAUGCAAUGCCAGUCUUUGAUACAACACCUGAGCAGGAGCCCAACCAGGAUCUACCUCCCGCUUCUGAUCUGCCUGUGGAGGAUGCAUUGAGUUUGAGACCUGACAUUCUGGAGCUGCCUAACGAAAGUUCUCCAGAGUUAGAGACCCAGGAUGCUGUGCUGCUCACCUCUCUAGAUGAGCCCAGUAAGGAUACCCAGCCGGAAGCAGAAGGUUCAGCUGAUGAGCUAGUGACAGCUCGAGCAGAGACACUAUUGAGUGAUGCCACUCAAGGAGAAACUGCAGAGCAAGACCCUGGAAAAACAGAGUCAGAGGAGAUGCAGGAGGAAACUGUAGCUGAGACUCUGUUGGAGGUUCUAGAGAACAAUGAUGUUGAAGACACAGGUGGACCAACUGGAAUGGGACCUACUGGAGAGUAUGCAGAGGUUGAGGGAAGCACAGAGCAGUUGGAAGGAGAUGGGAAUGAGGAGGAACCCUGUUCGCCAAGGAUGCGGAACGCCUUAAAGCGCAAGAGCCGACCCUGUUCGCUUCCGGUGUCCGAGUUGGAGACGGUCAUCGCCUCGGCCUGCGAGGAACCAGAGACGCCACGUUCUCACUACAUCCGCAUUCAUCAUCUGCUGCACAGCUUGCCAUCAGCUCAGUGCCACCAUGACAGCCAAGAUGAAGAUGAGGUACUAGACCUGGAAUCUUCUGAGGAAGUCACUGUGAAACCCCAAGAGGACAAGCAGGAAGAGCCGGAAGAAGACGAAGUGUCUGAAGCCCAGUCUCCAUCCAUCGUGCCUGAGUGUCCUAGACCUUGUUGCAGGCGUACUCUACCACGUAGCCUCUCCAUAGAACGCCUUUCCGAACUCAACCAACUUUUGGAAGGUGAAAGACCCUCACCUUCCACCCUCCGAUUGGAAAGCGAUCACUUGGAAGUGGGAGGUGGAGUCGGAAGCAGAAGGGAACCUCGAGAGAGUGAGUGUGAACUCUGUGACAACUCCUGCUACAGCACUUCUUGUUACAGCACGUCCUGUUACAGCACUUCCUGUUACAGUAACUCAGGUUACGAGGGACGUAACCACCUUUGCAGCCACACGCGCCUCUCUUCGGUUGACAGCACCCGUCUGUCGGAGAGCACUGUUUUCUCCUCGCAGGAGGAAGAGGAAGAGAACAGUGCUUUUGAGUCUGUCUCGGACUCAAUGCAGAGUCCGGAUAUAAGGGAGCCAGGAGAGGGGUUGAUUCAUUGGAGACAGUCAUCAUCAGAAGAUAGUCCCCAGAGAGAAGGGGAGGUGGAGAUGUCACCGGUACCUGGGCCUAGUGUAAGGUCAACAGACUGGGAGGCCCGGAUAGACAGUCACGGCCGUGUCUUCUACGUGGAUCAUGUGAACCGCACCACCACGUGGCAGAGGCCCAGUCACGCAGCCAAAUGCAGCGGCAUGCGGAGAUCGGGCUCCACGCAGCAGAUGGAGCAGCUCAACCGGAGGUAUCAGAACAUCCAGAGGACGAUGGCCACUGAAGACGAGCCGUCCAGCCGCGGAGCGGAGAGAAACACCGGAGGAGACCCAGAGAGCGACUCUACACCAGCUCCAGAUCAGCGAAGGGAAGGUCCUUCUUCUCCGGUGAAUAGUCAGAACGUGACUCUUCUGCUCCAGUGUCCGGCCGUGAAGUUCGUCACGCACCCAGAAUUCUUCACUGUCCUUCACGCUAACUACGGUGCGUAUCGGAUGUUUACUAACAGCACUUGCCUGAAGCACAUGAUCCUGAAAAUACGGCGAGAUGCACGCAACUUUGAGAGAUAUCAACACAACCGAGACCUCGUUACUUUCCUCAACAAGUUCGCUGACUCUCAGCUGGAGCUGCCGAGAGGAUGGGAGAUCAAGACGGACCCGCAGGGCAAGUCUUUCUUUGUGGACCACAACAGUCGUGCAACGACCUUCAUUGACCCCAGGAUUCCUCUUCAGAACGGACGCCUGCCCAACCACCUCACACACAGACAACACCUACAGAGACUGCGCAGCUACAGCGCUGGAGAGGCGUCAGAGGUGUCCCGCAGCAGAGGAGCGUCUCUGGUCAGCAGAGCGGUCAGGAGUCAGUAUCAGCCUGAUUCAGUGCCUCUAGCUUACAAUGAUAAGAUCGUGUCUUUCCUGCGUCAGCCGAACAUCCUGGAGCUGCUGCAGGAGCGUCAGCCGAGUCUGGCCAGGAAUCACUCGCUCAGGGAGAAAAUCCAUUACAUCAGAAGCGAAGGUCCUCAGAGCGUUGAAAAGCUGUCCUGCGACGCCGACCUGGUCAUGCUGUUAAGUCUGUUUGAUGAGGAGAUCAUGUCGUAUAUUCCAUCUCACUCUUUCCACCCCGGCCUCAGUUUCUCUCCACGCUGCUCUCCUGGAUCCUCACCUCAGAGUUCACCGGGCUUGCAGAGGGCCAGAGCGCCUGCUCCGUACCGCAGGGACUUUGAGGCAAAGCUUCGCAAUUUUUACAGAAAGCUGGAGGCUAAAGGCUAUGGCCAGGGGCCAGGGAAAAUCAAGCUCAUCAUCAGAAGAGAACAUCUACUGGAAGGCACUUUUAAUCAAGUAAUGGUCUACUCACGCAAAGAGCUCCAGAGAAACAAGCUCUACAUCACCUUUGUCGGAGAAGAAGGUUUGGAUUACAGUGGCCCAUCGCUGGAGUUCUUCUUCCUGUUAUCUCAGGAGCUGUUUAACCCCUACUACGGUCUGUUUGAGUACUCGGCCAAUGACACGUACACAGUGCAGAUCAGCCCCAUGUCUGCAUUUGUAGAAAACCAUUUGGAAUGGUUCCGUUUCAGUGGCCGUAUUUUGGGUCUGGCUCUGAUCCACCAGUAUCUGUUGGAUGCCUUCUUCACUCGACCGUUCUACAAGGCCCUGCUCAGACUAGUGACAGAUCUGAGUGAUUUGGAAUACCUGGAUGAAGAGUUCCAUCAGAGCCUGCAGUGGAUGAAGGACAACGAUAUCACGGAUAUCCUGGAUCUGACGUUUACAGUCAACGAGGAGGUCUUCGGACAGGUCAUAGAGAGGGAACUGAAGUCGGGAGGCUCCAAUACCCAAGUGACGGAAAAGAACAAGAAGGAAUACAUUGAGCGCAUGGCGAGAUGGAGGGUGGAGAGGGGGGUUAUGCAGCAGACCGAAGCCCUUGUAAGAGGUUUCUAUGAGGUUGUAGACUCCCGUCUGGUUUCAGUGUUCGAUGCUCGUGAGCUGGAGUUGGUCAUUGCAGGCACGGCUGAGAUCGAUUUGAAUGACUGGAGAUCCAACACAGAAUACAGAGGAGGUUACCAUGAUGGGCACGCUGUGAUUCGUAGUUUCUGGGAUGCGGUGGAACGCUUCAAUAAUGAACAGAGGCUGCGCCUGCUGCAGUUCGUGACGGGAACGUCCAGUGUCCCUUACGAGGGUUUCGCUGCGCUCCGUGGGAGCAACGGCCUGCGGCGCUUCUGCAUUGAAAAGUGGGGAAAGAUUACCUCUCUGCCAAGGGCACACACGUGCUUCAACCGCCUGGAUCUGCCUCCCUAUCCGUCGUACUCUAUGCUGUAUGAGAAACUUCUCACCGCUGUGGAGGAGACCAGCACCUUCGGUCUGGAGUGAAGAUGGGAGACUUAUUUUUUUUAUUACUGCAAAAACGUUUUCAGUAACUCAUUCCACACUUGACUUUUUAGAGAUUUUUAAACGACAAAUAUCUUUAAAUUUUGUUCAAUGACUUGAAAUAGCAUGUUUCUGCACUAAAAUACAAGAUAUAUAUAGUACUUUGUGGGAGUGUGGGGUCAAGCGUGUAUGCAACUUUGCGUCUUACUCACAUCCUGAGCAUCAUUCUAUUGGUUAGGCAUCAGAUCAUCUCCUUUCUGAUUGGCUGUUCCCCUAAAAUACGUUAAAAUGCCUGGCUAUGAUUGAAAUGGAAUACUAACAUAUUGCACAGUAUAUACUGCACUUCAUACUGCCAGUAUUUUUUUAGUUUUAUAGUGUGCAGAACAUAUGCUAUAAAAUAACCACUUGACAGUUAUCACAUGAUCUAAUUACACUGCAUGUUUAAUAAUAAAGCAUGCAUCUCCCACUUCUCAUAUUUUGCAGAUAAAAUCCAAGAUUGGUAUUACAAUUACACUGGUAUUAGACCGAGGAGUCACAUUGCAUUAUAGCAUAGAGUACUCUAGAUAUGUAAUGUGCGCUGUGGUGAAUGUAAAACAUCAUCUAGGUAUUGUAUGCUUACAGACAGCAUCUGUACCCUGCAUGUCAUGGAUACUGCAUUAAUAGUAUGAGUAGUAUGCUAGUACGCUAUUCUGAACAUAGCCCCCGACCGAACCUUAAAGGGACAGUUCACCUAAAAAUGAAAAUGUUACUCACCCUCAGGCAAUCAUUUUUUUUUUUCAUGAGUAGAUCAAUAAAGAAUAUUUUAGCUGAAACUGUGCAUUAAUAAAAUGCAAGUUAGCAGUUCCCUGUAUUGAGAGUAAAAAAAGCACGUCAAGGAGGGCAAAAUAAGUCAAACGAUCAGUUUGUCACAUGAAUGAUCAGAUUUCCCCGUUUGCCUGAGGCUCUGGAUUACAGGUAAUAAUCUUCUAAAUAUUGUCACGCUUCACGCACAGACCUAGCAUUUCAUUUUAUCAAUUUAUUUUUCAUUGCAUGAUUCAUUGCAAGGAGUUCAUGUAAAAACUCUACUGUUCAGGCCUACGUCUUGGUUUUGCGCAUUUUAAUUUUUGGGUGAACCGUUCCUUUAAACAUCAAUUUAACUGUUUGAAGCCCAAACCAGACAUUGUUUUGCCUUAUUUAAUAACAUGGCUGAAAAACUGUUGUUAAUGUCAUUAAAACCCGACUCUGUGGAGCAGGGAAGGUUAAAGUCGCUCUCACUAAUACCUGCUCGAGUACACAUGGAAGCUCACUUGAUAGUGAUGUAAGCGACUUAUUAGCGACACUAACACUAAGCUCAUCAGACCUUUCUGCCAGCGGCGUCCAUGUGUCUACGUUAGAAAUAACUCUCUAACAAUGCUCCUUGAAGCCAAAGCUUUUUUAGGGCCUAGGGAUGAGCUGCAUUUAAUAACGAACAGCCAACGGCGUGACAUUCACACGAUUCAUUCCCACAAGUCCUCUUUUUCUCUGGAUGGGUUUUUCUAAAUUGCCUAAAACGUCUGUGUUUUGGCUUUGUGUCUCUGCUGGCAGUCUCUCUACGGUCCUCAUAUAGUAUAUGCAUGUGUAUUUACAUUGCUUUUGACUGUCUGUAGAUCCCGCCUUCUCGCACGCCACGAUUGGUCGAUACGUACAAUGCUUUCACGCUAUUGGUCAAUCCAUUUCAUCACCGGCUUCGGCAAGAAUUUUAGGCAGUUUAGAUGUCUAGGGGAGGGAAAAAGGGACAUAAUCCAUUUUCUUUUUGUAUAUUGCCACGGAUAAUCAAUUUCAGCCCCUACAUCCACCUUGUAUGUUGCAGGUAUAUCUUUAUUGAUUCAAAUAUUUUUUUUUUUUUAAAUGAUCUAUUUGUUUAUUUAUUGAUGCACAUCUUCUGUCACACAGAUAUGAGUUGGUUUGUCACUCUUAACUGUAAAACCUCAAAUGCAAACAGGUUUUGUCUUCCUAAUAUUAAUAAAAUCAACCACAGAUGACAAAGCCAAAUUUUCUUUAUUAGUCAGAAUUGAGUGGUGCUUUUAUGUGUUUAUAAAUACAUUUUUUUUGAUGGUUCUUCACUGAUGUUCAGCCAGGCUACUGUUUAAUGCAUGCAGGCUCUUAUGAUGAUGUUUCUCAUUGCAUUAUGUUUGCAUUUAUUGUUUAUCGUUCCCCAAGGAAUAAACAUGUUCCAGAUGACUCUGAACUUGCUUUUGAAAAAAAAAAGAACAUUUAAAUGCAAACUUGCGAAAUGAUCACCUGACCAUUUGCUGUACACUGUUCAGUUGAUGAUAUUCUAAUGUAUUUUUAUUAUUUUUAUUUGUUGGCAGUUUUGUAUUUUAUAUUCUUUUUGUAUAUGAGUUCAAGAUAAUGUGAAAAAAAAAUGUAAUUGCAUAUGAAAACCCCUUUACUUGAUAACUGAUAACGUUGUUAAUGCAAAUACACAUGUAAAUAUAAUUAUGGACACAGACUACUCUAUAUCAGCCUAAUUUUCUGAUAUCCAUGAACAGGUUUUGCUUUUGCCCAAAUUCUUGUACAUAAAUGUCAAUAAACGAUCACUUUCUA